UCGGUUUCAUAUUUCUAUUUUUCCAUUCUCUCACGGAGGCGGAGAUGCACUGUAAUAAACAGACAGCGCAUGCACACGGACAGCUGAUGGAUGUAUUCUGUAAAUAAACAGGACUCAUUGCUCUGUCUUAGCAGUGCAACCAUAAACACAUUAACAAACAUACACAUAUACAAAGAAGAGGAUAAGUUUGCCUCAAAAGUGUAAAGGCAUGACUGUGUGAAGGCAUGACUGUAUGUUUGUUAACAGUUAGAUACUCUGUAAUUAAAAUAUAUUAUAUAAAAUACUAAAGUAAUUGUAUUUAAAAACAAAAACUGAGGUGUCUUCUCUACUACUGUCAGUGAAUAGAAAUGUAUACACCGUCCAAAAUCAAUUUUGCUCAAAUGUGUUGUUGUUUGGUGUCUCAGAAGUAGCUUUGCAAAAUUUUCAGUGAUCACACAGGAAAUAUACAUUGACAUGUUUCCGAAUAUUCAUGUACUCUGAAAUAAACCCCAUUCUGACGAAUUACUGACAAGCACCAACCCUCAUUAGACAUGUUUGCAUCAAUUCGGUUGUGAACAGCCUUAGAGACACAGGUUCUAGUCCUGUGGAAACCAGGAAGUACUCAUGUUCCUCAUAAACAAUAAUACUCAUUAUGUGAUGUGAUUCGAAGAUGGCAUUUUUGCUCUAAAAUUACAUUUUACUUCACUGAUGGCUAGGUUUAUGGUUUGGGUUAGGGGAUAGAGUUAAUGAAAUAUGCAGUCCUGUUGACUGUACUGCAUCAUUUACACUGAAAAAUAUAAGUAGCUUUUGGUGCCACCCUGUGGAAAUUUUACAUCAACACUGCCAGCUUCGGCCACUGAGAGUAGUGAUUCUAAUUUCGGUAAGCUCGAACUUUUCGGCAUACUGUCACCAUAUUUACUAGAGGUCGACCGACAUAUCGGUUAUUGGCAAACAAUCGGCACCGAUAACAGAUUUCUGGAACUAUCGGUUAUUGGCAAAAAUCCACACCGAUAGUUUUUCCCCAUUCUGCUGGAGUGGCUGGGAAGGGUCUGCUGUCAUUAUACGGUAUGAGAGCGGCCUCUAGAGGCAAAAUAAACUUCACUGAUGCCUUGUGGUGUUUGUUUUGACACGUGAAACUACACUAUGCAUGGAGCGGAACACUUCAGAUGUGGAUAUAAAACAUCAGCAAUGAAAAGGUUCAGGCUGCAUAGAGGGAACUGUUGCAGUGUUUCAUAUUAUUCCAGAUCGUUCUGCACCAGGUGAAGUUUCAGCGCAGAAAUGGAGCAGUUUGAGGCAUUGUUCCAUGCGUUUGAUCCGGGCACAUCAUUCCAGUUCUUCAAAAGCUUCAGACGGGUUCGGAUCAACUUCACAGAUUCUUUGGCUGCAGCCAACGCCCGAGUCAAACUCCACAAGAGUAAUUUCAAUGGAAAGGAGAUGCGGCUGUAUUUCGCUCAGUCUGUACAUAUCGGCAGCCCUCGUCUUGAGCCUCCUAAACCAGAGAAGCAGUUCCUGAUCUCUCCUCCAGCGUCACCCCCUGUUGGCUGGGAGCAGUCUCAAGAUGCCAAACCUGGCAUCAACUAUGACCUGCUGUGUGCUGUGUCCAAACUAGGACCAGGUGAGCAGUACGAACUUCACACUGGAACCACCGACACACCCAGUGUAAUCGUACACGUGUGUGAAGACGACAGCUCAGGGGGCGAGGAAGAAACAGAGGGUGGCAAACGCGCACGCCCCAAAAUCAUCCAGACGCGCCGCCCAGACUAUGUCCCUUCAGUUAACCAGUGAGUGGGUAAUUCUGGGCUAUUUUAUCAGCUUGACAAACAUUAGAAGAACUGGAAAACAUGCAGUUUGUUAUCCUUACCACCAGGGGGGUGGUAAGCAUCAGAGCCUUUUCCUAGUUAGCCUCUUCCGGGCGUCAACCAUUCUCAUAAUCUCGCGUUUCAUUUAUAAAGAUCCAUCGCAGAUGGAAUCAGGGACUUAAGAAAGUUUCUCUCAUAUAAAAGAAUGUCAUUAUUUGCUUGAUGUCACAACUGUGUAUUUAAUUAACCGAGAGAAUAGCGAGAACGCAGCUAAUUUACACAAGGAGUUUUUUGUGUAGCACAAAGAAACUAAAUAUUGUGUCUGAAGUGUUCAGUGUGUAUUGUUUGGGGCCACUAACAUGUACUCAACGUCAUUAUCAUGUAUAAUUUCUAAUGUUAAAGAAAUAGGUUACCAAAAAAUGAAAAUUCUGUUAUUAUUUACUCACCCUCAUGCCAUUUCAAACCUACAGACUGAAGUUUAGUCAUUAUUCACUGAAAAUCUUUCCAUCCGUCGCAGCUCUUAGUUCUCAUUUGUGAAGACACAUUGUGCGUCUCGUAACCAAACGUGAUGUGCCACAAAUAAUAUGCAAAUGAGAUCUGAGAGCUGUGUCAGAGGGGAAUAUAAUUCUUCAUAAUUUCUACUUUUGUGUUCGACUGAAGAAAGUCAUGUGGGUUUUGAAUGACAUGAAGGUGAGUAUAUGAUGUUAGAAUUUUCUAUUUGUUUAACUGAACUAUCCCUGUAAGUCAAUUAAGCACGUCUGUGCAGUCUUUGAAAAGUCAUUAUUGUUGCUGAAAUACUUCACAAACUCCUCCAAGUAUUACGCACUUUAAAAAUAGAGCCUUAUUCCGUGGUUAACAGACAACAUCAUCCAGUAUUGUCUUUGUAUAUUAACUCUGUUACCAAAAUCGCUCUGUUGUGCUCUACUGUCUUUGGAGAUGUUGUCCUCUUUAAUGUACGAGCAUUUUAAUGUCAUCCAGUGACUUAAAGCAACUAUAAAUUACUGUAUAUAUUUGAUGUAUUUGAAUGUAGCCCAUAUCUUGUAAAGCUUCAGGAUUUCAAUAAAAAAAGGAAUCUCAUUCAUUAGGUAGCAAGAAUAUGGAGUGAGAAAGCCAUUUACCUACCUUUAAUAAAACAAUCUUGACCAAA